UUGUUUCCUACGAUGAAGCACCAGGAACACGAGCGGAAGAUUGCAAGUCUUGCCCUGAAGGAACAGAUACUGAUUUCUUCGCUGGAUAUCGAGCCUGCAAAUGUCUGAAAGGAUUUUAUCGUACACAUAUGUUCGAAAAAUGCCAUAAAUAUUUACAAGGCAUGGCAUGCCAAGACGAUCAUAUUUCUUUAAAAUCUGGUUAUUGGUGGGAAUGGCGCAAUCAGACGUCGAAAGGUCGGUACCAAAAGUUUAUAAAAAAUCUUGCAGCUGUGUUGCCAGCACUUGGCAUAGAUGAUGUGCAAUACCCUCACCCGAUCCCAACCCCUCACCAAUGUCCACGGGAGGAAGCAUGCAAAGGUGGUCUCGAUUCUCCAUGUGCCGAUGGCUACGAGGGUCCACUCUGUGCAGUUUGCAGUUUAGGGUAUUACAGACAACAGAAAACCUGCAAACAAUGUUCUUCCAAGAAAUGGAUUAUCGGACAGUUUUCCAUCGUUGCUGUCGUCUUUCUGGCAAUUGUGGGGGGCAUAGUGUGGUCAACUUUAAAAGGAAAUGUCAAGAAGGCCCAGGAGAGAUCUUUGAUAGACAAGUUCCUUUCUAAACUUAAGAUCGUUAUUGGGUUUUAUCAGGUCACAGCUGGUGUGCUACAAGCAUUUUCCUACAUUGAGUGGCCAGAUUCUUUGGAAGUUAUCGCUGAGUAUUCAGAAUUACUGCAACUGAAUGUUCUUCAGAUGGUCCCCCUCGAAUGUUUAAUCAAAGGAUUGCGAGUGAAUGCUUUUGGAAACAUGUUUACGAUGAUGGCUGUCAAUUCUCUGGUCAUUUGUGUCUCAGGUGUCGCCUACGGAGUUCGUAAAGUUGUUAUUGCGAGGAAUGAGAGCUUAGAGGAGGAAGAAAAAUCUAGCAAACUGUCUGAAACCAAAGAGCUCGUGUACAGAAAUUUGUUUUUUUUUCUGUAUGUGACGUAUUUGAACACGUGCACUACAACUGCCAACGUCUUACCGCUUGCCUGUCAGACGCUUUGCCGGGAUGAAAAAGAAGAGUCGUGUUCAAAGUUCCUGAAAGCAGAUUACAGCGUGCGAUGCCACGAUCAAAAUUACAACGAGGUAAUUCUCUUGGGAUACAUCUCGGCCGCUUUUGUCGUGAUCCUCCCAGCUGCAACAUUCAUUGCACUCUGGAAGCAUAGAAGAGUAAUAUCUGGUAAAGGAACUGCCAAACUAACUCAGGAUUCUGGCUCAACCGCAAAAGUGGUAAGAGGACUACGUUUCCUAUUUGAAAACUACAAACCUAGCUCGUGGUAUUGGGAGUUGGUCGAAGUGUGUCGAAAAUUAAUCCUUACCUCCGGAUUGAUUCUUGUGGGACAACAGAACAGGUCCUACAUUGGCUUAGCAUGGGUUGUUGCCGGAAUGUAUGGAGUGCUCUUUUCCUCCAUAAGUCCCAUACAAGACGUGGUCGAGAACAGAAUGAUGGUAACGUCACUUUGUGUUACUAUCGUCAACUUGGGUAUUGGAGCCGUGAGUAGAAUUCCAGCUGAGAACAUUCCAAAUUCAAAAGACUCCUACUCGGAGACAGCUUUCUUCAAGGCUUUGGUGAUUGCCUCAAAUACCUCUGUGAUUGGCCUUCUUGUUGAAAAUCUUCUUUGA